AAUUGGAGGCAACAUUUGAUAUGGACAAGAAUGAGGUUCCACCAGGCUCAUCUGCUGCGACCAUGAAAAAGAAGGCGGCAGGCGGUAGCGGAUGUAGCCACAUCAGCGCGCCCAAAGCUGCCACGUCCAAUUGUACGAGAAGCAAAAGCAGCAAUUGUGUUGAGUCUGCCCCCGCUGCAGCUGCCAGCCAGAGCGCCCCGAAUGUGAAGCACCCCGGUGUGGCCAGUAACGCUGUCAUAGACGGUGCGGAGGACGGUGAGGACGAGUCCAAGUUUCAGUAUCCGAGGCUGCGCCGAACCGGGGGGAGCGGCAGUGGCGGUGGUGGUGGAGGCGGUAGUAUCAGGAUGAAGAACUUUACGCCAGGAGGUGGAGCCGCGGCCACGGCUACCAGAAAGAACUCCACCAACAACGAGUCCAUCCUACUGCAAACAGAGGGUGCGCCUGCUGCUACUAAGCCCACUGUAGCAUCCAAAGCGACUGAUACCACAACCUGUCCGGGAGAUGCUGCCGGGCGCUGCGAGACCAACAGAGCGGCAGGGGCGGAGGCGUCUGGAGCAGCGGUCGCAGUAGAGGUUUUAAACGCGACAGCAGGUGCUUGUAACAACAGCACCGCUCCAAUUUCAAGAAUGAAAUGCAACAAAAACGGAGAAUGCAGGAGGGACUCCGGCACCGGGAGCCUGCGCUCGAUCAUCUCCAACAAGACUGCCGGGGCGGGGAGGGCCGAGGACGGGUCCCUUAGGCGUGGUGCCUGUAACUCAGCCAGGGCCAGCAUGGAUGGCUCCGCGACAGGCUCCAUGACGCAGGGCCAGGGGGAAGGUAGCGCAAACCCCAGCGUCACCCCUGUUUCCACCGGCGUCCCCGAGAAAAAGGACUCCAGGGUGUCCUUCUCCAACGCGCCAAGCAGGAAAGCCUCCUCAUCGCUGCACGGAUCGACCCAGACCCAGACGACCCAGCAGCCUAGAAACUCGGUCACCUUCCAGAAGCCGGAGGAUGGAUCCCAGAUCCAGGCCGAGGAUGCCGACACUGACGGAAGCACCUUCAUGCAACGGCAAUUCAGUGCCAUGCUGCAGCCUGGAGUUAACAAAUUCUCCUUACGCAUGUAUGGGAGUCAAAAGGCGGUGGAGAGGGAGCAAGAGCGGGUUAAAUCAGCGGGCAAUUGGAUUAUCCACCCCUACAGUGAUUUCAGGUUCUACUGGGAUUUCACGAUGCUUCUCUUCAUGGUGGGUAACCUGAUUGUCAUCCCGGUGGGCAUCACCUUCUUCAACGAUGGGACGACCACUCCCUGGAUCAUCUUCAACGUCAUCUCCGACACCUUCUUCCUCAUGGACCUGGUCCUCAACUUCCGCACUGGCAUCAUCAUCGAGGACAACUCUGACAUCAUCCUGGACCCCAAGACCAUCAAGAAGACGUACCUGAAGACCUGGUUCAUCGUGGACUUUGUCUCCUCCAUCCCCGUGGAUUAUAUCUUCCUGAUCGUGGAGAAGGGGAUCGACUCUGAGAUGUAUAAGACGGCCAGGGCCCUGAGGAUCGUACGCUUCACUAAGAUCCUGAGCCUGCUGAGGCUGCUGAGGUUGUCCCGGCUCAUCCGCUACAUCCACCAGUGGGAAGAGAUCUUCCAUAUGACCUAUGACCUGGCCAGUGCAGUAAUGCGUAUCUUCAACCUGAUUGGUAUGAUGCUGCUGCUGUGUCACUGGGAUGGCUGUCUGCAAUUCCUGGUUCCCAUGCUGCAGGACUUCCCCCAGGACUGCUGGGUCUCCCUCAACAAGAUGGUGAAUGACACAUGGUCUGAGCUGUAUUCAUUUGCAGUGUUCAAGGCAAUGAGCCACAUGUUGUGUAUCGGCUACGGUCGGCAGGCCCCGGAGAGCCUGUCUGAUAUCUGGCUCACCAUGCUCAGCAUGAUCGUAGGGGCCACCUGCUACGCUGUGUUCAUAGGCCAUGCCACCGCACUCAUCCAGUCCCUGGACUCGUCCCGACGACAGUACCAGGAGAAGUACAAACAAGUGGAGCAGUACAUGUCCUUCCACAAGCUGCCAUCCGACUUCCGACAGAAAAUCCAUGACUAUUAUGAGCACCGGUACCAGGGGAAGAUGUUUGAUGAAGACAGUAUCCUAGAGGAACUGAACGAACCACUCAGAGAGGAAAUUGUCAAUUUCAACUGCCGUAAGCUGGUGGCGUCCAUGCCGCUGUUCGCCAACGCAGAGCCCAACUUUGUGACAGCCAUGCUGAUCAUGCUCCGCUUUGAGGUCUUCCAGCCUCGUGAUUACAUCAUCAGAGAGGGCACCAUUGGCAAGAAGAUGUACUUUAUCCAGCACGGAGUCUGUAACGUUAUCACCAAGGGAACCCUGGGAAUGAAGCUCUCUGAUGGCUCCUACUUUGGAGAGAUCUGUUUGCUGACGCGGGGUCGGCGUACGGCCAGCGUCAGAGCGGAGACAUACUGCCGUCUCUACUCCCUGUCUGUGGACAACUUUAAUGAGGUGCUGGAGGAGUAUCCCAUGAUGAGACGGGCCUUUGAGACCGUGGCCAUUGACCGACUGGACCGCAUAGGCAAGAAGAACUCCAUUCUGAUGCACAAAGUGCAGCACGACCUCAACUCCGGCGUUUUCAACAACCAUGAGAAUGAGAUGAUCCAGGAGAUUGUUAAGUACGACCGUGAGAUGGUCAAACUAGUGGACCUUCAGAGACCCCGCACCAUGUCCAUGACAUCCUCCGUCCCUGGGGGCAUGUUCUCCCCCGCAGGCCCAUCCGGAGUCGGGGCCCUCGCCAGCCUCCAGCAGGCUGUGGCCAUGAGCUUCUGCCCCCAGGGGAUGGGGCCGAUGGCAGGGUCAGGGACGCUGCAGUCCCCCCGUAUGUUGCGGAGGUUCCAGGUGGUCCAUAGCCUGUCACAGAGCCCUGUUUCCGCAUCUCCUCUCCAGUCCCAGCCACCACAGAUGGCCCAUGCAACAGGAGUGUUUGGGUCGGCUAUUUCCAGCCCACCAGUCCAGAGCCCUCUGGCUCAUCCAGGACGGACAUUCCAGUACAUGGGGGGAGUGGGGCCGUCUGGGUCUCAGCUGUCCCUGGUGCAGCACCACGUCCCCAGCCCCACGCACACCAUCCAGAGGCCCUCCUCACAGAAAAGCACCCACUCGCUCCACUCAGGCACCCUUAGCCAAGAUGCCCGUGUCCUCUCCGCCUCCCAGCUCUCCCUCCCUCAGGAUGGAACCCCUCCUGCCGGCCCCAGCCCUCCCCAAUCUACCCACCCAUCCACCCAUGCCUCCUCCACCUCCAUUGGCCCCCCUCAGCCCACUCACCCCAGCCAGCCUGGGCCCUCUGGGGUGGGGGUCCAGGUUGGGGGGAGACCCGUGGGAGUUCCACAGCGGGUGGCCUUCGCCUCCACUCCUCCCCCAGGAGGAGCACCCGGCAUGGGAGCGGCUGCAGCAGCGGCUGGGUCGGGGCUCCCGGCCCCUGGAGCUCCUAAGAAGGAUUCGAUCGUUAGCAUACCGGAGUUAGACUCAGCCCGGAACCGGCUGUCUUCCAACUUGUGACCCUAUGAGAGCUGCUGGAGAGAGGCCUUCUUCACAUGGAUGAAUCUAAACGUCUGUUUAUCUCUGUCUGGAUGACCUGACUGGUCGGCUUCCUUACUGACCUGGCUGGCUUCAUAUGGGGCCACACCGGCAGUCAUUCUAACUGAGUGUCCUGUGUGUCGGUCGGAGUCAACAAAGAGGAAAGAGGAACUCUUUGGUUCGUGUGACUUGGAGAGUCGAAACAAUUAAACUAGUUUAACAAAGGUGGGACUGGACUAUUCUACUAUGCCAGCACCUGUAGUCUUAGUAUCACCCCUUACACUCUGCUUCCAAACACCUAUAUUGCUGUCUUUAUUGUAAAGAUAUUGAGAAACAACAUCAUUAAUGUAACUGUUGCAUACUGUGUAGAAUCCAUACAAUGCAAUCUAGCAGGAGCUGGACUUAAAAACGCAAAAUCAGGGACUUGAAUCAAAUGACAAUGAUGACAUUUUACGCUUUCAGAAUGUGUUUUUAGGUGUCCUUUUUUCUGUAAACGCUGUUGUAGCAAAAUAAAUACAUGGCUCUUCAUAUUGUUUAAAAUAGUAGUGAAGGUAGUGUUUUAGACUGCUGGUCGAUCUUACAUCGAUGUGUAAAUAGUUAAAAUAGUAAAGAAAAAAAAAUACCGAAAGGUAAUAUCUUCAUUGUAACUACUCCAAACCAAAGUUGAGCUUAAACACAAAGUUUGGUUGUGUCUGUAUCAACUAAAAAAGAAAUAUAGAAGAAAAUGCCAUUUAUUCAACUGCCUUGAUUCCAAGUUUAGAAGCCAUAUAUUUGGUUUUGUGUGUGUGUGUGUGUGUGUGUGUGUGUGUGUGUGUGUGCGUGCGUGCGUGCGUGCGUGCGUGCGCGCGCGUGUGUGUGUGUGUGGGCGCGUGUGCGCGUGAGUUGGUAUGAAUGUUUUUGGUUCCAUUCUGUUUUUCCAAGAGAGCUGACUUGUGUACUCAUAUCUUUACACUGCGUUGUCAGGCCUGGUUGGUUGGUUUUGCUGGCAAUGGCACAGGCAAUAUUUCCCAGCUUCUCUGUCCAACUAAAUGUGUCUGGAAAGAUAUCCACUUGUCAUGCCAGCAGAAAUAUACUGAUUGUGACCCUGGAGGCAAAAAUGGUGGUAAAUCAUCUGAGCUUUAUCAAAAAGAACCAUCGCAAACAACCCAUACUGUAUACUUGCUUGUUUUCGUCCAGGUUUAUUAAUUAAUACAUGCAAUAUAAUUCUGCAAUACUUUUACCCCGCCUAUAUAUUUAAAUAUAUAUAUAAAAUGUAUAUACAUAUGCUGUACAGGUAACUAAUUUCUUUAUUUUUACUGUGAAACCUUAAAGAAUCCAGCAGCUGCCGUGGCUUCACAUGUUGUGUUAUUGUAAUCCAGUGACCACGUUGUUAUCUUAACCAAAAAUAUCAGAGGAAGUGAGUGGAUGUAAUUAUUGUGUUGAUCAAAUGAGGCAAACUGGUUUCAAACUGGUUCAUGGUCACCUGAGGAUUCCGGAAUGGAGUUAUGGAAAUCAACUCCCCCAAACUGUCACUUUAAAGUCCAUUUAAAGUAAUAUUGUAUGUUGUAAAGAAAGACUAAGUAAUUGACAGAAUGCAUGCCAAUGGGAAAUGUUGUGGGGCAGAGGAGGAAAGUAUAUCUUCACCUGUGUGUUUUUGGUGUAGUAUGUGAUACAGCUCCUUCGAAUCUCAAACUCUACGAAUGUCUGUACGAAAAUUAUUUAUUCUUCAACAACCCUAUUUAGUUCUCAAAAUUCAUGGUUGUGGCGGGUUGUGACAUUGAUUAUAAAUAUUCUAAUGAUUCUAAUCCUGGUGUACUUCAAAGCCUUCUCUUGCUGAAUGUAUGCCAUAUGAGGGGGAAGACAGCUAAUCAGAAAUAAACUGCCAUGUAAAUACAAGGACCGAAAUUAUUCUGGGUGACGAUGCGAAGGGAGAUUGUGUCGCUGAAUGUUUGUGCAAUGUUUCUUAGGUUUAUUGCUUCUCUGGUCUGGGUGUGUUCUUUAUGUAAACUGUGUGUUACCCCAUUCUCUGUUCUAUGACAAGACAAUACACUUUUUUAAAUGAUUGGAUGUAGGACAGAGAGUUGAAACCAUUUUCAGUUUGUCACUGAGAAGCAAAACAGCAACACAGCAAAAUUGAGCUCAACAUUAAGCACAUUGUGUCACAUUAUGACCUUUUAAUGCAAAGGGGAAAUCACAGCUUGAGUCUUUUACAACGGUCACGUCUGGUUAAUCUAAUAAUGUCUUUGUGGAAAAUCUGGGAGAAAAUUGGCAGCUGAGUUGUCGUACCAUUUCUGACUUUUGAAGCUUUGAACUUUCAUGAUGAUGGACAUUUCACUCAGGUUUACCACCUUUCCGGAAAGAUAUACAGAUCUGCUAUCUUAAUUUGAUCCCACUGUUGUCGCAGAGAAUAUUCCUGGGCAACAGGAAAUGCAAAUUGUAGUGUAUUCAAGGUUUAAAAAUACUUCUAAAGUUUGUAAUUUCCACUUUAAAAUUUCAGACACAAUUUUCCCUAACGAAAAACACCUACAAAAAAUCCAUUAAUUAUAAUACACAUAAUAAUUACAAUUUCGUGUUGCUGAAUGAUUAUUUUCCUGCUGUGAGAAGCAGGGUCAAAUUAAGAUACCACAUCUGUAUGCUUUUAUUGAUCCCUUCUUGGUUCACUAUUGAUUUGACCUAGCUACAGUUACUGUACAUCUGUAUGCUUUUAUUGAUCCCUUAUUGGUUCACUAUUGAUUUGACAUAGCUACAGUUACUGUACAUCUGUAUGCUUUUAUUGAUCCCUUAUUGGUUCACUAUUGAUUUGACAUAGCUACAGUUACUGUACAUCUGUAUGCUUUUAUUGAUCCCUUAUUGGUUCACUAUUGAUUUGACCUAAAUUUCACAUAAGCUCUGGAUCACUCGAUAGCAAUUAUUAUUAUAGACAAGUUUAUCACUUAUAUUCUGAGCCACAUCAAAAUCUAAUGCUUUGAGCCUAUCAUUUUUAACUGUCACAUAUUUGAAGUCAGAUCAUAGUCCCCAACAUAUUACUAUAAUGACUGCUUGUUUUCUCCAAUGGGAAAAGUGCAUGGCAAAAUGCCUAUACAAUUAUGAAGGAGUUAAGUCCAAAUGAGUGAACUCCAGUUGUGCGCUUCAAUGCUGUGUCACUGCAAUCAAUUGGUCCUCUUACCUAUUCCUUGUAUGUGUUAAUACCCAAGUUUGCCCUACUAAGCUGCUAUAAGGACUGUGCUGAUAUCAUUUGUAAAGAUUUGAAUGAUUGUCCACCUGCAGUGAAAAAAAAGAAGGGCAGAGAAAAAAUUGCUAUGUUCAGGCAAUAUCAUCUCUGUUUCCGUGCAAGAGUUCCCAUGCACCCAGCAUGACUCUUGAUCAAUGAAUGGCACCUCAGUGAAUUCUCUUGAGUCCCUUGCAUCUGUUAUGUAUAAGACAGUGUUAUGCAGGUUUUAAGAUGGCGUAUUCAAGUAAAGUCUUACUGUUCAUUUACUGUUGCUUUUGUUCUCUGUGAAAAAGAGUCUUGCAAUGGGAAUGCAAGUGAGAUUCCCCACAUAUGCUUGAAACCAACCAACGAUUAUUGAGAGACGGUUAUCUCAGUUUAAAAUCUCAAAUUCUUGCCGUACCAGAUAUGAAAGAUAUUAAGGGUACUGAAUACCUUAGUGUUGAUGUCUUAGCAUAUCAGUGUAUUUUAUGUUUCUGUUUCCAUAAGUCUUUUUUGUUUGUUUGUUUUGUUGUUGUUUUUGUUUACAGUUUGCCCCAAUGCACAUGGACAGCAUAUACUGUACCUUGUGCCUUGUAUAUCUAGUUUCCACAUAGUCUAUUUUUGUGGUAUGUACAUGCUUGUAGAAAUGCAAAUAUGUGUUUUUAUUUUCAACUUGCAAUAUAUGUACAAAUGUUAGCUAAAGACUAGUACUGCUGAAUUAAAAUGACAAUGUCAGUAUAUAUCAAUUUCCCUGGUUUGGGAAACACAGAAUGACACAUUUUUGCUGGUUUGACUCUUCAAACACCAUGCGCUCUGUACUCUACUCAUCUACUGUAUGUGUGACAUACACAGAGUUAUGGAGGCACAUUGUCGUGUUUGUACCACAAUCUGGUGUAAUCCAAACAUUUUCUACAAUGAGAGGGUGAACUCAAAACAAGCUCUUUCGUGGAGUUUACGCAGUCUAGAUAUCACCUCAGACAACAAACAGUGUUUGUGGACAACUGAACUCAAAUCAAGAAUCAUUCAAAUGAAAAUGGACACCCCAAAACUGUUCAUCUGAAGACCAUGGGAGCAGCAGCAGGACCAAGCUUGAUUCCUGUUUCUCAUAUCUGUCUGUUUGACUAACCAAUGUAUUUGCUUCUGACCUAGAGGGGAUGUUUGGUUGAUAAUUCCUUGUGGGACCUUCAAAUCUAGACAUUUCUGUGUAACCAACUACAAUUAUUUAAAAUGUCAACUAGUCUGACAAUUAUUAUAUCUUAGUGUUGUAGCUACUGUAGCCUUCUUAUCUAAGCCUUCUCUCUGCUUUAGGACUCUCUGUAUAGUGUGUGUGUGUGUGUGUGUGUGUGUGUGUGUGUGUGUGUGUGUGUGUGUGUGUGUGUGU